UUGCCGCACACGAGAUUGCACAUGCACUUGGAUUUGACUACAAGAAUUUUGUAGAUAACAAGAUGGUAUCAACGCUAGAAAAUCUGCGUGGCAAGAGUCGUGUGGUGGUUGUCUCUGCGAAACUGCAGGAGGAGGCUCAAAAACACUACGGUUGUGAGGACCUUGAGGGUGUGGAGUUGGCCUAUGCCGACAUAGGGAUGACGGAGGUUGCGUCACACUGGGCCUAUCGCGUUGCAAAGGACGAGUUGAUGAGCAGCGACACCACGUAUGGCGCUGGCUACUACACUGCUCUGACGAUGGGUGCGUUUGAUGGACUACCAUAUUAUACGGCUAAUUGGGGCAUGGAGGAACCUAUGACAUGGGGGAACGGCUCCGGCUGUGAAUUCAUUCGCGGGAACUGCAUCACCAACGGUCAAAGUAAAUUUCCUGACAUGUUCUGCAAGGAAGCUGUUUCUCGGUGCACAUCUGAUCGCUUCUCUGUUGGGGUCUGUUCCUCACUCAACGGUUUUUACGGCAAGGAUGAAGCGGAUGAAUGCCCAUAUGCGAGCCCAGAAGCGACUCAGACGUCCGAGGGACUCAUGCGCGCUCCCUGCACCCUUAUGCUGACAAAUAAAAUCCCAGGAUCUGUGACGGGGAAUGACUCGUGGUGCCUCGAUGGGGAGUCGCUCGUUGUGAAGGACGCGACGGACACGGAUAAGAAUGUGGGCGGCGUGUGUGCACGGGUGUCAUGUGAGGAGGGUAAAGUAAUGGUGAUGUACGCUGGCAACGACAACUGGUACCACUGCCCCGAGGGAGACUUUCUGGAGCCAACAUCGACGUCAUUCGUGAGCGGGAAAAUCAAGUGUCCCAAGUACAGAGAGGUGUGCACCAUCGCCCCUGACGGCACCAGUCUUCUACCAUUGGUUGAAUAA